CAGCGCAGCAGCAGAGGCCUGGCGGCUGCACGCGCCGAGCUGACCACCUGCCAAGCAGGCAAAGGCCGGCCGGAGCACUAUUAAUGGCGGCGUAGCGUAGCUCACCUGCCCCUCUCCUUCCCUCCCGCUCCCGCCCUCCUCCGCGCCGGGCCGCAGCGCAGAUCAGCGACCGAGCCAGCCAGCGUAAAUGCUCCCCGUCCCGCGCACCACCACCACCUCUUCCUCCUCCUCGCCCGAUCCAAUGCCCCAUUAUUACCGCGACGACCACCCCACUGCUAGCCACUACCGCCACUAGCAAGCCGACUAGCUACUAGCAGCAGCGCCAGCGGCCUCCACCCUCCGGGCGGCCGGCCCGGCUAUCUACUAGGAUAAAUACGCAGCAGCAGCUCGCGUACAUCGUCGCGCACUUCACCUUCUUCCUUGCCCUCUCCAUAGUUCCAGAGCUGUAGCUACGACCUUUGCCCACCACACACACCCCAUCUUCUUCAAUCCUAGCUCGUCGUCCGCGCAAUGGCGACGAUGACGACGCGGCAGGGUUGGGCGGCGAGCAGUGUGCUGGCGGCGAUCGUCGUCGCCCGCGUGCUGCUGCUGCUGCCUGGAGGAGGUAUAGUCUGUGCUGGCGCCGCCGUUGCCGCAGCCGGCGGUGCUGUCGCGGAGGAGUGCGAGGACAGCAGCAGGGCGCGGGCGGGCGACCGCGUGGUGGCGCUGCCGGGGCAGCCGGCGGUGGCGUUCGCGCAGUACUCCGGGUACGUCACGGUGAACCGGGACGGCGGCCGCGCGCUCUUCUACUGGCUCACCGAGGCCGUCGGCGACGCGGCUGCCAAGCCCCUCGUGCUCUGGCUCAACGGAGGUCCUGGAUGCUCAUCGGUGGCGUAUGGAGCAUCGGAAGAGAUCGGCCCGUUCCGGAUCAAACCAAACGGAACAGGGCUGUUUCUGAACAAGUACUCAUGGAACAGAGAGGCAAACCUUCUCUUCCUCGAAUCGCCUGCGGGAGUCGGCUUCUCCUACACCAACACCACCUCGGAUCUCAAGACAACAGGCGAUGAGAGGACUGCUCAAGAUGCACUGCAGUUCUUGAUAAGCUGGAUGUCACGGUUCCCGCAGUAUCGGCACCGAGAUUUCUAUAUAGCUGGAGAAAGUUACGCCGGACACUACGUCCCCCAAUUGGCAAGGAAGAUUGUUGAGUACAACGAGGCUUCGCCUAACCCCUUCAUCAAUCUGAAGGGAAUUCUUGUGGGCAACGCCGUCACUGACAACUACUACGACAACAUCGGCACGGUCACCUACUGGUGGACGCACGCCAUGAUCUCAGACCGCACCUACAAGGCCAUCCUCAAGUCGUGCAACUUCAGCAGCAGCAACAUCUCGCGCUUCUGCAACCGCGCCAUGAACUAUGCCAUGAACCAGGAGUUUGGGGACAUUGACCAGUACAGCAUCUACACGCCGUCGUGCGCCGCGGCCAGGUCCAACGCCACCGUCCUGAGGUUCAAGAACACCCUCAUCCGCCGGCGAUCCUUCGGCUACGACCCCUGCACGGAGACCUACGCCGAGAAGUACUACAACAGGCUGGACGUGCAGAAGGCAAUGCACGCAAACACCACGGGGAUCCCCUACAGAUGGACUGCCUGCAGUGAUGUGCUGAUCAAGACAUGGCAAGAUUCAGAGUUCUCCAUGCUGCCGACGUACAAGAAGCUGAUGAAAGCAGGACUGAGGAUAUGGGUGUUCAGCGGUGAUACAGAUUCAGUUGUCCCGGUGACCGCGACAAGGUUUUCGAUCAGUCAUCUUGGUCUCAAGAUCAAGACCCGCUGGUAUCCAUGGUACUCAGUUGGACAGGUAGGAGGAUGGUCUGAGGUGUACGAAGGGCUCACAUUUGCGUCAGUGAGAGGUGCAGGGCAUGAGGUGCCAUUGUUUCAGCCCAGCAGGGCAUUCCGGAUGUUCCGGUCGUUCUUGGCCGGGGAGCCAUUGCCGAAGUCCUGAAGGCUCCUGACAUGAGGUCAUGUCUACCUGAUGAUGUCUAGCUACAGACAACAGUCCGAAGAAAAUGUAAAAGAUUGAUGAGAAAGUGAUGCGGGGAGCAUUCGCAAGUAGAAAAUAACCUGUUGAUAGGCGUGCAGUUCAUAGCUGAGUGAUUGAUUGGUGUUGGGAACAGGAUGUAGAGAAUAAGUAUGGUUAUGUUAUGCCAUGGAAACCCAUGAGCAUUGCAAUGAUUAGCGAAUAAAUUUCAAUGAUCUCA